UAACUGCAAGAAGAUACCUUCUGUAGUUUUUGUGGUUUAUGCAGCCAAAACGAAAGGCUCAUUGCAUCACAUUUUUUUGGCUCCCUGUGCCCUUGUGUUUCUUCUAGCUAAAACCUCACACAGAUAACAAAAAUGGGUUCUCACCAACACGAACCAUGGCUACUGGAGAACGGAAACCCGAAGGUGUUGACAAGGGAAAUGAGACAUGGUCGCACUGCGCACAGCAAGUCUUCCAACUCACUUCGCACGAAGUCUGAUCGCACUCUUGUUUCUAAGGUUCCCUGUGCCACUAUCAGAAACGUACUUUUCAACUUGCAAGAGGUUAUCCUUGGCACCAAGCUUUCCAUUCUCAUCCCUGCCAUUCCUGUUGCCAUUGUUGCUGAGUACUGUGGCUUUGGAAGACCUUGGGUUUUCGUGUUGAGCUUGCUUGGACUUACCCCACUUGCUGAACGUGUGAGCUUCAUCACUGAACAAGUUGCCUUCUACACUGGUCCUACAGUUGGAGGACUUCUGAACGCGACGUGUGGGAAUGUUACGGAGCUCAUAAUAGCAAUAUUUGCGCUUAGCAGUAACAAGAUUGCUGUGGUCAAGUAUUCUCUGUUGGGUUCUAUUCUUUCCAACCUUCUUCUGGUUCUUGGCACCUCUCUAUUAUGUGGCGGCAUUGCAAACGUUGGAUUGGAACAAAAAUAUGAUAGAAGACAAGGAGAUGUGAACUCACUUAUGCUGCUGUUGGCAUUGUUGUGCUACUUACUUCCAAUGCUGUUCAAAUAUAGCGCUGCCUCAGCUGCUCUCACUGUUGAUCCUUCACUCCACUUGUCUAGAGCUUCUAGCAUUGUGAUGCUGAUUGCAUAUGUUGUUUACAUAAUCUUUCAACUGUGGACACACAGGCAGCUAUUUGAAGCUGAAGAUGAGGAUGAAGAUGACAACAAUGGUUCAGAUGAACAAGCCGUCAUUGGACUCUGGAGUGGCAUUGCUUGGCUGAUUGGGAUGACUGUGUUCAUUGCUCUGUUGUCUGAAUAUGUGGUGGAUACAAUUGAGGAUGCAUCAGAUUCAUGGGGUUUGUCUGUGAGCUUCCUCAGCAUAAUCUUGCUACCAAUAGUUGGCAAUGCCGCUGAACAUGCAGGAGCAGUCAUAUUUGCUUUCAAGAACAAGCUGGACAUCUCAUUGGGUGUUGCAUUGGGUUCAGCAACUCAGAUUGCCAUGUUUGUGGUCCCUUUGUGUGUGAUCGUUGCUUGGACAAUGGGUGUCAAAAUGGAUUUGAACUUCAACAUCCUAGAGACAGGUUCCGUUGCUUUGGCAAUAAUAGUCACAAGCUUCACUUUACAGGAUGGUACUUCUCACUACAUGAAAGGCCUUGUUCUCCUGCUGUGCUACAUAGUUAUUGGAGCUUGCUUCUUCGUACAAAGAACACCAUUGAACCAAGCUGAUGUUACAAACAUCAUUCCUAAUGGAGUUUUAAGUGCUUAGUGGGUAAGUUGCAACUUAUUGGCACAUAAAAUCCUUCAGUGGGCAUAAAAGUUAACUGGGAACUUGGAUUACAGGCUUUGGCCUAUAUUUGUCCUUUGCUGAGAUGAAGAAUGGUGGCAUCCAAACCCAAAAUCAAAUGAAAUGGAUUGGUUAGUGUUUCAUUCUGAUCACUUUCAUAUAUCCAUAAAGAAAGGAGAAAAGAAGUGUGCAAGUAUUUGCAAAUGGAACACUGUGUGCAAGAUCAAUCAAUCAUACGUGUGUUCUAUCAGAGAGUUGGUUUUUGAUCCUGUGCUUCAGUAAAUGCCAAUAAGUGGAGAAUGUUCUUGUUUGAGUUUGGUUUAGAAAGAAUCUCUUUUCAGUUUGCAGAAUAUCUAUUUUGUUUCUACUUACUACUACUCUAUGUACGACCUUUUGCAUGUGACUCCUUAUGAGUUUUCAAAGUUAUAUUCAUAUGUUUGCUUUUUCUUC